UGAGGGGGAGGAGAUUUCCCUGUAGACGAGUAAAAGGGGUGAUGGACAAUCGUGCGGGCACUAAGACCGCAAGGCAUUCAUUUCCUCCUACGGUGGAUGCGGACGCCGGGAGGAGGAGAACCCCAGACCGAGCAGGAGCUAGCGGAGGCACAGGCAAUGCUCACCCUUGGAUGUAGCUGAGGAAAGCUGGGAGACAGAACGACCGCCUGAGACCGAGCGGCGAGGGGAAGACGCAGGGGGGUGGGUGGGGGAAGCAAACAGGCGAACCUUCGAAAUCAAGCGCUUUACAGAUUAUUUUAUUUUGUAUAGAGAACACGUAGCGACUCCGAAGAUCAGCCCCAAUGAACAUGUCAGUGUUGACUUUACAAGAAUAUGAAUUCGAAAAGCAGUUCAACGAGAAUGAAGCCAUCCAAUGGAUGCAAGAAAACUGGAAGAAAUCUUUCCUGUUUUCCGCUCUGUACGCUGCCUUUAUAUUUGGUGGUCGGCACCUAAUGAACAAACGGGCAAAGUUUGAACUGAGGAAACCCUUAGUACUCUGGUCUCUGACCCUUGCGGUCUUCAGUAUAUUCGGUGCUCUUCGAACUGGUGCUUAUAUGGUGUACAUUUUGAUGACCAAAGGCCUGAAGCAGUCAGUCUGUGACCAGAGUUUUUACAAUGGACCCGUCAGCAAGUUCUGGGCUUAUGCAUUUGUGCUGAGCAAAGCACCUGAAUUAGGAGAUACAAUUUUCAUUAUUCUGAGGAAGCAGAAGCUGAUCUUCCUGCACUGGUACCACCACAUCACUGUGCUCCUGUACUCUUGGUACUCCUACAAAGACAUGGUUGCCGGGGGUGGUUGGUUCAUGACUAUGAACUAUGGCGUGCACGCCGUGAUGUACUCUUACUAUGCCUUGCGGGCGGCGGGGUUCCGAGUCUCCCGGAAGUUUGCCAUGUUCAUCACCUUGUCCCAGAUCACUCAGAUGGUGAUGGGCUGUGUAAUUAACUACCUGGUCUUCUCCUGGAUGCAGCAAGACCAAUGUCAUUCCCACUUUGAGAACAUCUUCUGGUCCUCACUCAUGUACCUCAGCUACUUUGUGCUCUUCUGCCAUUUCUUCUUUGAGGCCUACAUCGGCAAAAUGAGGAAAACAAUGAAGGCUGAAUAGUGUUGGAACUGAGGAAGCCAUAGCUCAGGGUCAUCAAGAAAAAAAAAAAUAGACAAAAGAAAACGGCACAAGGAAUCACAUAUGGUGCAGCUAAAACAAAACAAACAUACGAGCAAACACAACACCCAAGGCAGCUUAGGGAUAAUUAGGUUGACUUAACCCAGUAAGUUUAUGAUCCUUUUUUGGUGAGGACUCACUGAGUUCACCUCCAUCUCAAAGGACUGCUGUUGGAAGUCCCCAUCCCCUCUUUAUCUGUCAACUCUAUGACAAAUGAGAACAAAAGCGAGCCAGAGGUAGAGAGGGAGGAAAAGAGAAGGCAAACAAGGCUAUUAACACAAUAUGAAAAGAAACGUAUUUACUAAGUGUUACAUUUCUCUAAGGAUGGACGUUUUACUUAAAAAACUGUGUGAGCACACGUACAUACACACACAAUCCUUCCUGUUUUUCAACACUAAACUAGAACAAUAGGAAAGAUAAAAAUGGAAGAGACACAGGGUGUACAUCUAGAACAACAAAUGUUUUUGCAAAAAUUUAAACCUUUUAAAGAAAGGUUAGCAGUCGUACCCCCCCCCCACCCCCAGAAAAGAUGUCUUAAUCACCCAUUAUGAAAUUGGAUGUAAACAGUGAGUUUCCACUUAGAGAAAGACUAAUUUUUUCCCCUCACUGCACAGCCUCAGGCUAGUGAGUUUUUGCCCAAACCAGACGAGGCACGAUACUUUUCAGGGUUCUUCCUGGGAGGAUGGAAACCCCGUCACCCAGUCCCCAAAGGGGCAGCUCUGUCUUUUCUGAUCACCGAACCGCAGUUUCUACUCUUAAAUGAGAUAUGAAGCGUUAGCCUUUGUCCAGUGGCCCCGGGCUUUUGAACAGAAGAGUAAAUACAGAAUAAAAAAGGUAAAAAUUCGAUUAAGAGAACUCAACCAAAUGAUUUGAAAAUGGACUCUGUACUGUCUGUAAAAGAGGUUCAGUGCAAUACCAUUCCCAAGCUGAGAAAAGAGAAAAGACAGUGAGGGAGAGAGAUGAGGCGGAGAUUCUAUUCAACAGGCAGUCAGUAUGUCUGUUCCUCCCUAUCUGACUUCACACAUACGCAUAACCUUCCAAAUGAAACCCUGUGGUACAGCCCAUAUUUUCUAUAUUUUUGUGACUUUCAAAAAGAAUUCUGCAGGGCUCUUCCUGACAUGCGUGAACACUGUGUUUCUGCAUCAUCUGCAUUUGCUCCCCCAGGCAAUGUAGAGGUGUUUAAAGUGCCCUCUGCUGGUCAAGUGGAGAUACUUCAACAAAUACUUCAUGGCAAGUGUGGCUGAAACAGUUGACAACAAAGGGCCCCCUAUAGACUUACCAUAGUUUUAAAUGAGAUAAAAUAGUCAUCAUUUUUUUGACCAAAUCAGAAGACAUUCUGCUUCAAGUCAACUUGAGAAAUUUUUUUAAAAGGGGACUUUCGCUCUGGAACUCAGAAAAUCAAUUUAU